CAAUAGCUUAUUGGGCCCAUGUUUAUCCGAAACUGCAAUGCGCCUUUCUUCCCUGUCCGUCCACAGCUUCGCCGUAACGUCUCCAAUGGCCUCGCUCAUCCUCUCCCCCUCUCUUCCUACUUCUUGUUCCCCUGCCAUCCCCACCAUUACCCCAAGUCCUCGGCGCGCCCCCUCUUCCUUCCUUUUCAUAUCCUCUGGCCGCCACGCGGUCGCCGGCGCUCGGUUACUCGCCACCACCUUCGCCCUUGUCGAGUCGAAUACAUCAAGUUCUCGCGAUGAAGAGGAACCCAUACUUCCUCUUCUCCAAGAACUCUCUGAUUGCCUCUAUCUUCCUCUAGAUUUCCUCUCGAAGCUACCUGGUGAUCUCCGGCUCGAUCUAAAUGAUGCGGCGUUUGAUCUCGCUAAUGGCCCCGUCUUGGAUGAGUGCGGUAAAGAGGUUGGGGACUUGUUUUUAAAUUUGUCUCGAGCGUGGGAGCAGGCCGACACAAUGACAUCAAACAGCAUAGCAAGCAAACUUCCGUCUUUGCAUGGCUAUUUAACUAGUGAUGUCAAACCAGCGAUUGGGAAGCGAUUGCUAUCCGUAGGUAGAAGAUUUGAGGCUAUGGGACAGUAUGAACAAGGAGAGCUUCAAAGGAUUUCUAGAGCAAUGAUCAAGAUUGGAAAGUUCCUUUCAACAGGUCCAGUUAUUCAAACUGAGAAAUCGCCAAAAAAAGAAACAAAAAUUUUUAAGUUUGGGGAGCUUCAGGUCGCAUUAACUCGUGAGAAAGCUAACAUAGGAGCUGCUAUUGCCUUUGCUUUUGGAUUUCUUUCGUGGGAGCUAAGCCAAGGCAUACAAAACGUUACAGAAAGCUCGUUUCAGUAUGCGAAUGAUAAUGCGCUCAUGCUGGCAAAGUCACUUAGGGGAUCCCUUCUUCUGAUUGCUUAUUCCUCUACUCUUUUGUCUGCAUUUGCUUGUGUUGGUCUGCUGUUACUUGGACGCCAACUAAGCUCUGAAAAGUCGAAAGAGCCGUGAACUCGGUGUGUAAAAUUUCUCAUGUUUAGAUAACAAAUUUUCCUCAUAAUUUUCCAUAUAAAAUAACAAACCGUGUAUGUAUACUACUUUCAUAUGUAUCUAAGUUUCUCUUCCACCCUUUA